UUAGUUGAGAUAAAAUGUCUGGUGUUUGGGUUUUCAAUAACGGUGUGGUUCGCCGGGUUGAGAACCCUGGGGCUGAGUCAUUGGAUGGAAGCCGGCAGGGUUCCAACACCCGUCGCAAAGUGCUUGUGCACACUCCUUCUAACGAAGUGAUCACUUCCUACGCGGUUCUCGAGCGUAAGCUAUCGUCUCUGGGGUGGGAGAGGUACUACGAUGACCCUGACCUUCUUCAGUUCCACAAACGAUCCACCGUCCAUUUGAUCUCUCUCCCCAAGGAUUUUAACAAGUUCAAGUCCAUGCACAUGUACGACAUCGUCGUCAAAAACCGUAACGUGUUUGAAGUUAGGGACAUGUAGCUCUACUGUAGCAGCACCUGUCUUGAUCUGUCUUCAUCAUCUUUUCUUCUUUCUUUCUUUGUUUUUGUAUGUGAUGCUGAAAUUGUUUUACG